GGUGCCUUCUGCAAGAUUGAAAUCAUGGCAGGUCCAGAAACUGAUGCUCAAUUCCAUUUCACUGGUAUCAAAAAAUAUUUCAACUCUUAUACUCUCACAAGUAGAAUGAAUUGUGUACUCGCCACAUAUGGAGGCAUUGCUUUGAUGAUCUUAUACUUCAAGUUAAGGUCUAAAAAAACACCAGCUGUGAAAGCAACAUAAACGAUUUUUAACCUGUACCUCAUCUGUUAAAUUCCCAUGCCUGGAGAAGCUAAUGUCAACUCAUCAUGUGAUACUCAAUUUGUACAAUAAAUUAUGAACCUGGAAAAAAAAAAA